UGCCGUGCCGCAGCAGUGACCACCAGGCCACCUUAUCAUCAUGAUUACUUAAUUAACUGAUUAAUCUAUAAUUAAUCAAUGGAUCACAGUCACAGUCAGCAAACAAAAACAGAUCGAUAGUCUCAAAGUUGCACUGAAUAGAAUACACUAAUCUUCUUCUUACUAUAUAUACCAACCAAUUCAUCACUUCCCUCAUCUGAAUCCCGAACCCCAACGCCAUGGAUCCUAAUCCAGGAACCUUCCCGAUCCUCUCCUACGUCAUGUCCCGUCUCCCAUCCUUAACCACCAAACCCACCGCCACCACCUCCGACACCGAAUUAUACGACAUCGAACAGCCACGCAUCGUCGACCAAAUGCCAAACCUAGCAGAUCCCGAAUUAAUCGCCGCCAUGGCCGGUGCCAUCGACGACGUUCAACAGGCCAGGGCCAUUCUCAAACUUAUCGGCGAACGGCCCACUCAUGAAGAAGUCGACCACGCCAAAACCAAACUAACUGAUAUAGAAGCCGAACUUUCGCGACAACUGGAAGGAAUUGUUCUGUUAUCGAGGCCGACGGAGAUCGAGGUUCAUGGAUGGAGAGCACAUCUGGCGGAGAAGGAGAAACAGUGUAGAGAGGAAGCUGAAAAGGAAAAGCGUGUUUGGAAAUCACUUAUUCAGCUUGAUGAGAUGCAUGAGGCGUAUGAGAAGCUUCUUAAGAGUGCUGAGAAGAAGUUGGUUAGAAUGUAUGAUGGAGAUACCGGUGAUGUUGGAGGAGAGGGUGAUGGUAGUGAUGAAGUGGAUGAAGUGGUUGUUGGGAUUUUGCAGGAAGCUGAUGGGAAAGGAAUGGAAAGGAUUGAGAUUUCGGAUCGGAAAUUGAAGGUGUUGCCGGAAGCUUUUGGGAGGAUUCCUGGUUUGCUUGUGCUUGACGCUUCUAAGAAUCUGCUUUCGGUGAUUCCUGACUCAAUAGUUGGAUUGCAAAAUCUGGAGGAGCUUAAUCUCUCUGCAAAUCAUUUGGAAUCACUGCCCGAUUCAAUUGGAUUUCUACAAAAGUUGAAAUUGCUCAAUGUUUCUGGAAACAAGCUUACUGCCCUUCCUGAUGCCAUUUGUCAGUGCAGGUCAUUGGUGGAGCUGGAUGUAAGCUUCAACGAUCUGUCAUACUUGCCAACAAACAUUGGGUAUGAAUUACCAAACUUGAAGAAACUCAUGAUUCAGUUGAACAAAAUUCGAUCUCUUCCCUCAUCUAUUUGUGAGUUGAAGUCGUUAUGCUAUUUGGAUGCUCACGUCAAUGAGCUACAUGGGCUUCCAGCAGCAUUUGGGAGACUGACUACUCUGGAAAUUCUCAACUUGAGCAGUAAUUUCGCUGAUCUUAAAGAACUUCCAGAGACAUUUGGCGAAUUGACUAAUCUCAAGGAAUUGGAUGUCAGUAAUAAUCAGAUUCAUGCACUUCCAGAUACAUUUGGUUGCCUUGAUAAUUUGACCAAGCUCAACUUGGAACAGAAUCCUCUUGAACUGCCACCAGUGGAGAUUGUAAACCAAGGGGUCCAAGCCAUAAAAACUUUUAUGGCCAAGAGGUGGAUUGCUAUGUUGGAAGAGGAAGAACUAAAAAGCAAUCAAGAAAUGCAAGAACAAGGAGAGGGUGGCUGGUUAACCAGAAGCACCUCCUGGUUGAAGAAUGUUUCUGGAAAUGUAGUUGGGUAUAUUGGAACUGCUGUUGGAUCUCCUAUGUCACCCAAAUCUCCCACCACAGAUGCUUAUCUUAAUCAGCAGCUUUGAAGUGAGGUUGGUCCAGCUCUUAUCAGGAACUUUCAAGCAUGCAUUUCCGAUGAAAUUUGUAGUUUUCGGAUACUAUGUUUACUGUUUAGCAAAUACUUCAUGCUACUUCCUCCUUUGUUGGGGUAUGUUUUGGUAAUCAAUGUGUAUAAUUGAGAGGCAUGCCUCUCACAAUAAUUGUCUGAAUUUUGAAUUAUUUUGUUUAUUUUUGAGAUUUAAAUAAACAAAAGCUAAUACAUUUUUUUUUAGGAAAAAA